AUGCUCUCCAUAUUUUUUGUUUAUUUGGUUUUGUUCCUGCUCAAUACUCAAUCAAAAUGUAAAGGGGCUGUUUUUAAACGAUUGUUUUUGCGAAAUAUUGAUGGAUUGCUCGACGAUGGUUGUCCUGCUUGGAGUUAUUUACAAUUUAUUCAGCUACGGGUUGGUUACAAGCGGGAGUUGCUGCCAUCCAAAUAUGGAGCGUCGCUUCCCGUUUAUAAAAGUACUAAGCACGGCAUGGUCUGUUUAUCUCUACCAGCUAGUUUGUUUGUUAUGGAUCUAACGAUAUAUGUUGACAUAUCCCGUAAUCCUGGACCUUCUCAAGAGUUUAUUCAUCGGCAAAGUAUGCCUUCUUUCUCAAAUUCACCUCGGUCAUGCCUCGAUGCCCAUACUGCUAAACAGAAGCUAAAUUAUUCUAUAGAAAUGUUGAGUUCAAGUUCCGUUUUUCAACCUUUUAACGACGUUGUUCUGAACCCACCUAACAUAUCUGUGAAUAUCCCAAUCCGUGUUACUAACAGAGUAAGCACUCGCAAUUAUCGUCGUGUAGGAGCCAGAAACCUGGUUAAAGUUAACAUCUCUACAGAUGAUUGCCUUAGCGAUAAGACUCGGAAUGUUAAGAAACUUCACCUUUCAGUACUUAAUGCCAGGUCAAUCAACAACAAGUCCUUAUUGAUUAAGGAUUAUGUUGUAGAGAGAGAGAUUGAUAUUUUAGCUAUCACCGAAACAUGGUUAAAAGUGGGUGAGACCAGUAAUUAUAUCACGCGGGAUAUUUGUCCGAAAGGCUACAAAUUUAUUCAUUGCCCAAGGGAGUAUGCUCGUGGGGGUGGUGUUGGUUUACUUUUUAAGCAAAAUCUUAAGAUUAAGAAGUUGAAAACAAGAUCUUACCAGUCAUUUGAGUUGAUGGAAUUAUUAUUAAAUGUAAACUCGUCUACCUACAGAAUUGUUGUUAUUUACCGUCCUCCCCUAUCAUCGUUAAACAAAGUAACAUAUUCUGCAUUCCUUGAAGAAUUUACAACGCUACUGGAGCACAUCUCCCUAGCUUCUGGAAAGCUUAUAAUGGUAGGAGAUUUUAACUGUCAUGUAGAUGAAGGAGGUUCUAAUGCUCUCAGGUUUUUGGAGCUUCUGCAGAUUUUUAAUCUUGAAGAGCAUGUGAAUGUACCGACACACAGUAGUGGACAUACACUCGACCUUAUUAUCACCAGAAAAGAUGAAACUAUUAUUAAUAAUCUUAGAGUAUUCGACGCUGUUAUUUCUGACCAUUUUGUGUUGCAUUGUAAUUUAGACUUGGCUAAGCCUUGUAACGUAAAGUCGGACAUUUCGUAUCGAAAGCUUGGAGAUAUUGAUACACUAAA